AGCUCGCAGUUUAAGUUCUCAGCUUCGCGGUGACGGACGUUCGACCACUUCACUCCCAAAUAGUUUACAACUUUAUAGUUUCCGACUUCGUUGCGUGUUGCUGAAGAUUAAUUUUCAUAUUUUAUAAAUCGCAUCUAAGUGAUUUUUCCGCCCAAAAUGGUUAAAUCUGUGUGCCUUAUAAUUGUGAUCCAAGCGCUUUGGAUAGUGCAGGCUGAAACCCCCGCUUAUAUCAAACAAUGCCGCAGGGAUGAUCCCAAAUUGGUGGACUGUUUUAUUGGAGCUAUUGAACACUUGAAGCCCUACCUGGCCAAUGGCAUUCCCGAUAUCCAGCUGCCGUCUGUGGAGCCUUUCAAGAUGGAUACCCUGGCCUUACAGUUAACAGAGGGUCCCCAGGGAUACAAGAUCACUUUGAAGAACAUGGAGGCCUUCGGGGCGAGCAACUUCCAGGUUAAAUCCCUAAAACUGAGCGAGGGCAGCGAGCCCUUCAAGGCCAAAAUCGUGAUGCCCAAGCUGAAGAUCGAGGCAAAAUAUACCAGCUCCGGGGUUCUUUUGAUCCUGCCUGCUUCCGGAGGUGGAGACUUCCACGCCAAUUUCGAGGGUGUGAGUGCCGAUCUCACAGGAAAGACAUCGAUACACGCGUCCAAGGGUGAGAACUAUUUGCACAUCGAUGCUCUCAGCUUAGUUCUGGAUGUUAAGGACGUUAAAAUGAGCAUAUCUGGUGCCUUUAAUAACAACCGCAUUCUACUGGAGGCUACCAAUCUGUUCUUACGCGAAAACUCCCAAGUUGUUUUGGAAGCCAUGCAGGCUCAAUUGCAGAAGAAGCUGGCCAGUGAAUUUGGAAAGCUUGCCAACCAGCUGCUAAAGAACGUUCCUGUCGAGCAGUUCUACGUGGAUUAGGCUUAGGUGUUCCAGAUCAUAGUUCGUUAGUCUAAACUAAGAUUUAUUUAAGUGAACAUUACUAUCUAAUGCUAUGAACGGUGUGCACGAGCGUCAUAGUGAUAAUGGCGAAGUCCGUGGGAAUACUUCAAUACAUGAUCAAAUACAAAUGUGGCUCAAUCUGGCAUAUGGAAAUAAUACGAAGUAUUACUAAGCUUAACUAAAAGUCCCGUGAUAUUCUUUCUGCCCUAGAGAGAACGCUAUAGUCGAGUUACUCAGCUAACCAAUUUACCUUGUUAACAAUUUACCCACAUUUCGCGCGUCUAUAGAUAUUGACAAAAUAAACUAAAUGAAAUUUA